CUCAUUUCUCAACACAUCUGACAUCUCAUAUGUUUCUCUUUUACAACCUGCACAAAUUUUAGCCAGCCAUCUUUUGUGAAAAAUCGUUUGUAUUGUGUUAUCAGGGUAAAUUUCAUAUUGUAAUUAAUGUCAGAGCCACAGUCUUCGCUUUUGUUGAAAAAGCAACUAGCAGAAUUGAACAAGAAUCCGGUGGAAGGUUUUUCUGCUGGACUAAUAGAUGAUAAUGACAUAUACAGAUGGGAAGUCCUCAUCAUUGGACCACCAGAUACUUUAUAUGAGGGUGGAUUCUUCAAAGCACAUUUAUAUUUUCCUAAGGAGUAUCCAUUAAGACCACCAAGGAUGAAAUUUGUAACUGAAAUAUGGCAUCCAAAUAUUGAAAAGAAUGGAGAUGUUUGCAUUUCAAUAUUGCAUGAGCCUGGUGAUGACAAAUGGGGAUAUGAGAAAGCAUCAGAGCGAUGGCUACCCGUCCACACUGUGGAGACUAUUUUAAUUAGUGUUAUUUCAAUGCUCGCUGAUCCAAAUGAUGAGAGCCCUGCUAAUGUUGAUGCAGCAAAGGAAUGGAGGGAAAGAUAUUCGGAUUUCAAAAAAAAAGUUGCCAGAUGUGUUAGGAAAAGUCAAGAGGAUUGCUUUUAGGAUGAAAAGGAAUUUAAUAAAAAAAAGACCACAGAAAAGGGGCACCGGGACAUUCUACAAACAACAAUUAUGACCAAUAUUUUUAGGUCACACACUCUGACCGGCACAACCAUACAUUACAAAGAGUUGUUGAUGAGUGCUUAUUUUAGUUUUUUUUACAGAAAGAAUGGCGAGAGUCAUAUUCGGAGUUUAAAAGAAAAGUAGCACAGUGUGUGAGAAAAAGUCAAGAGGAUUGUUCCUAAGUAAUAGUGCCCUUUGUCCUUGAUUUAAUAGAAUUGUGAGUGUUUUGUGAUUCACUAGGAUGUCCUCGUGACUAUUGUAUCACAACCAGCAACUUAAAAAGUGUACGCCCUGCACCAACCGGGCCAGAGACAAUAUUGAAUUAAUACUUAUUGUAAUAAAUUGGUAAUGCUGCCGUAUUAUUAAUAAAUUAAAUGUAGAAAUUGAGGUCUUUUUCAUCUUUUUAAGGCAUAUUAGCUAGCUAUUGUUAUAUUAAUAAUAAAUGUGUAUGGUACCUUUUUUUAAAAAAUGAAUCUGCAUUUGUUUUUCAAUUAAAUUACAUGUGUGAUCUCAUGAUGAGAUAAUUGAUAAUAUUAUUUUGACAAAGAUUAGUCAGCAUAUUAUUGUAACUGUCAAAAUUCAUUAGGUUUCUCUAUAUUUUAUCUCAUUGUAAAUCAUAGUUACCUUACCUUACUAUUAAUGGUUAUUGUUUGUGUAUCAACAUUGUUUAUUUUGUUAUUGUAUUGAUUCAAACAAUAAACAAGACAAUGAGUUGUCACACACAAUUAACAUACAUACUAUAAUUUUAUACAUGCACAUUAUUCACAUAGAAAUAUAUGUUAUUCUCAUACUACUAACUAAACAGGAAGAUCUAUAGAACAGUUUUUAAGCAGUAUUUGAUAACCAAUGCUUUCAAUGUAGAACAAAGCUGGUUGCUAAUAUAGUUUUUAGAAAUUGGGCUUUUGUUUUUCAUUGUAAUAUGAAAUGAUAUAAUGUAUUUAAUUGAAUGGCAGCAAUUUAUUUGAUUUUCUAUUUAUUAAUUUUGUUUUGAAUAAAUAGAAAUGGUUCCUGUGACAUUAGUAAAAGCAAUAUUACUAUAUAAAAUUUAUUGUGUCCGUUGCACAGCAUACACUCAAGAGAUAAUUGAUUUGUAAAGUGUGUACAAUAUUAUAUCAGUAUGUAUAUUUUUAAUAUAAAAUCAUAAUGCAGUGCAA